AUGACAAAUACAUAUGAUCUUAUAAAAGAAUAAACAAAAAACCAAUAACCAGACGAAGUCGAAGAAAUUAUCUUAGAUGGUUAAAAAGUUGAAAAAUUCGAAGAUUAAUUAUAUUUGACAAAUAAUAAGGUUACUAUUGAUAAAGAAUAUCCUCAAGGUGUUUUUGCUUUACUAUCGACUCUUCAAAUUUUAGAUGAUAAAGACAAAGAUGGAAAUGAAGUUGAAUAUGAUGAUGAAGACGAGGAUGAUGAUGAAGUGGAUGAAUAUGAAAGUGAUGAUGAAGAUGAAUUAGAUGAAGGAGCUGAUGAUGAUGAUGGAAACGAAGAUGAAGAAGAAUGUGAUGAAGAUGAUGAUGAUUAAGAUGAAGCAGAAGAAGAAGAGGAUGAAGAAGAUGAUGAAGAGUAAGAGGAAUAAAAUAAUACUUAAAAAAAAAAAGUUAAAAAAGAUUGA